AUGAGGAGGUUUUUGGUUCCUAGAACAAGUAUUGAAAGAGUGAAUGUUAAGCAACCGGAAGCCGAAGUAGAAGAAACACCCCCUAAUGUGGCCAAUGACUUUAAUCUAAAUGAGAUUGUGUGUGAUCCAGGAUGUAGGAAACAAAUUCAUGAGUAUGCUCCGGAUAUUCAAGACCAAGUGAGAAGGACAUAUAUAUUGAAGGGUCCAACGCAACCAGAUUUAGCAAGAUUUCCUCGUACUCAAUUUGGGAAGUCUUCAAGAGCAUUUUGUAAAGCAUGGUAUAAGAAUUAUACAUGGAUUGAAUACAGUGAAUAG